GCGCUCUGCGCGCCUGCGUGAAACGUUUCCUAGGAGGGUGGCGUUGGAACGCUAGCCUCGGACUGCACGUGGAGUGCUGUACCUGGUACCGAGGGGGCGUCUCGGGCCUGGACCCGCUUUCAGUACCAUGGGGCGCAAGUUGGACCCUACGAAGAAGGAGAAGCGUGGGCCGGGCCGAAAGGCUCGGAAACAGAAGGGUGCCGAGACCGAACUCGCCAGAUUCUUGCCUACAGCUGGUGACGAAAAUUCUAAAAGACUGUCUAGUCGUGCUCGAAAGAGGGCAGCUAAAAGGAGGUUGGGCUCUGCAGAAGCCCCUGAGACGAAUAAGUGCCCUGGGGCCAACCCAUUGACUGGAAAGCUACCAAAAGGGAUCUCUGCAGGAGCUGUCCAGACACCUGGUAAGAAGGGAGCCCAGUCCUUAUUUAACACUGCUCAAGGCAAGAAGCGCCCAGCACCAGCCCAUAGCAGUGAUGAGGAAGAGGAAGAGGACUCUGAAGAAGAUGGUGUGCUAAACCAAGGGGACUUUUGGGGCUCAGAGGACGGCGAUGCUGAUAUGAAGGAUGACUAUGGAGCUGAUUCGAACUCAGAGGAUGGAGGUGACAGUGAAGGCGAAGAGUUGCUGCCCAUUGAAAGGGCUGCUCGGAAGCAGAAGGCCCAGGAAGCUGUUGCUGGGGAAGAGUGGAGUGAGGAGGAGACUGAUGAAGAGGAAGAAGAGGAGGAAAUGUCCCCUAAGCCAGGCCCCCAAGAGGGUGAUGAGCCAGAUGGGGGCCUGCAGAUCAAUGUGGAAGUGGAGGAGCCUUUCGUGCUGCCCCCUGCUGGGGAGACGGAGCAGGAUGCCCAGGCUCCAGACUUGCAACGAGUUCACAAGCGAAUCCAAGAUAUAGUCGGAGUGCUGCGUGAUUUUGGGACUCAGCGGGAGGAAGGUCGGUCUAGAGCUGAAUAUCUGCAUCGGCUUCAGAGGGAUCUGGCCACUUACUACUCCUAUGGAGAAUUCCUGCUUGGCAAGCUCAUGGACCUCUUCCCCCUGUCUGAGCUGGUGGAGUUCUUAGAAGCUAAUGAGGUGCCUCGGCCCAUCACCCUCAGGACCAAUACCUUGAAAACCCGGCGCCGAGACCUUGCUCAGGCGCUAAUCAAUCGUGGGGUUAACCUGGAUCCCCUGGGCAAGUGGUCGAAGACUGGACUAGUGGUAUAUGAUUCCUCAGUGCCCAUUGGUGCUACUCCUGAGUACCUGGCUGGGCACUAUAUGCUGCAGGGAGCCUCCAGUAUGUUACCUGUCAUGGCCUUGGCGCCCCAGGAACAUGAGCGGAUACUGGACAUGUGUUGUGCCCCUGGAGGAAAGACCAGCUACAUAGCCCAGCUGAUGAAGAACACGGGUGUGAUCCUUGCCAAUGAUGCCAAUGCUGAGCGGCUCAAGAGUGUUGUGGGCAACCUGCACCGGUUAGGAGUCACCAACACCAUUAUCAGCCACUAUGAUGGGCGCCAGUUCCCCAAGGUGGUGGGGGGCUUUGACCGAGUACUGCUGGAUGCUCCCUGCAGUGGCACUGGGAUCAUCUCCAAGGACCCAGCUGUGAAGACUAACAAGGAUGAGAAGGACAUCCUGCGCUGUGCUCACCUUCAGAAGGAGUUGCUCCUGAGUGCUAUUGACUCUGUCAAUGCCACCUCCAAGACAGGAGGCUACCUUGUCUACUGCACCUGUUCCAUUAUGGUGGAAGAGAAUGAGUGGGUGGUGGACUAUGCCCUGAAAAAGAGGAAUGUACGACUGGUGCCCACAGGUCUAGACUUCGGCCAAGAGGGUUUUACCCGCUUUCGAGAAAGGCGCUUCCACCCUACUCUGCGUUCUACCCGCCGCUUCUACCCUCACACCCACAAUAUGGAUGGUUUCUUUAUUGCCAAGUUGAAGAAAUUCUCCAAUUCUAUUCCCCAGUCCCAAACAGCCCCAGGAAAUCCUGCAGCCUCUACCCCUGCAAGCCUAGGUCAUGUGACCCCCAAGCCUGAGAGCAGCAGCCAGCCUGCCAAGAAGGCCAAAGUGGAAACAAAGCAGCAGUUGCAGAAACUGCAACAUCCCAAGAAGGCCUCCUUCAAGAAGCAGAAUGGGAGUGGCAUCUCCAAAGGGGCAGACUCUGAUUUGUCCACUGCACCUUCUGUCACAAAGGUCCAAGCUUCCUCCAUGCUCCAGGAUAGCAGUCAGCCAGCUGAAAAGGCCAAAGUGAUGAGGGAACCAAAAGUGACUGGGAAAUUAAAGCAACAGUCACCUAAACUUCAGUCCUUCAAGAAAGUUGCCUUCCGGAAGCAGAAUGCUCCUGUCAAGGGCAUGGACACAGACACACCUGCUGUGCUGUCCCUUUCCAAGACCCAGGCCACUCAGAAGCCUGAGAACUGUAUUCAGCCCUUUGGGAAGACCCACCGGGCUGAGAAGAUAAAACAGCAGUUGCCAGAGCAGCUUUCCAAGAAAACUGCCUUCCAGAAACAGAAUGGCACCCCCAAGGGACGUAAGACUCCCACCAUGUCCCCCCUUGAUUCCAGCCGGCCCCCACCAGCAAAGAGGAGAAAAUCUCAAUCCAGAGGCAGCAGCCAGCCACUGCUGUCUUAGAUGGAUAGUUGAAACUAGACGGGGGUGGCUCCUUGCUGUUGUCACUGGGUUGGAACUCUUAACCUCUGUGAGAAUGGCUUUCCCACUGCAUAAGAAAUUUAAUAUACAUUUUACAAUCUCUA